AUGAAGCCCUUCGCAGCUGUGUUCGCUCUGGCUGGGCUGCUGUCCGGCGUGACUGCUGCCCCUGAAAAUAUCUAUGGAGAGGAAUUGAUAGCGCGGGCGCUGCCCAAUGCACCGGCUGGAUAUAAGCCUACCGCCGUCAGCUGCCCGUCCAGUCGUCCGACGAUACGCAGCGCAGCAAAAUUGUCGCCGGACGAGUCGGAUUGGCUUAAGAAUCGACGAGACAAGACGAAAUCGGCCCUGAAAGACUUUUUCGGCCAUGUCACCAUCAAGGAUUUCGACGCCGCAGGAUACAUCGACCGUGUCUCGAAGAAUACCUCCAACCUCCCGAAUAUCGGUAUCGCAGUGUCUGGUGGUGGUUAUCGCGCUCUUAUGAACGGUGCCGGUGCGAUCAAGGCCUUCGAUAGCCGUACGGACAACUCGACGAGCAGUGGUCAAUUGGGUGGAUUGUUGCAAUCCGCAACUUAUGUCGCCGGUCUGAGCGGUGGUGCGUGGCUGAUGGGCUCUAUCUUCAUCAACAACUUCACUACCAUUUCCGACCUGCAGACGCACGAAAAGGGUAGUGUCUGGCAAUUCCAGAACUCCAUCUUUGAGGGCCCCGACGGUGGAAGCAUCCAGAUCUUGGAUUCUGCGAGUUACUACAAGGAUAUUCACGAUGCGGUUUCUGAGAAGAAGGAUGCGGGAUUCAACGCAUCCAUCACGGAUUACUGGGGCCGUGCGCUGUCCUAUCAGCUUAUCAACGCUACCAACGGUGGUCCCAGCUACACCUGGUCGUCCAUUGCUGAGACCGAGGCAUUUAAGAACGCAGACAUGCCGAUGCCCUUGGUUAUUGCCGAUGGUCGUAACCCAGGUGAACUUGUGGUGAGCAGCAAUGCUACGGUGUAUGAAUUCACCCCGUGGGAGUUUGGUACUUUCGACCCUACUGUGUUCGGAUUUGCGCCCCUUGAAUAUCUCGGCUCCUCGUUCGAUGGUGGUUCUCUCCCCAAGGAUGAGAAGUGUAUCCGGGGAUUUGACAAUGCCGGGUUUGUCAUGGGCUCUUCGUCCACCCUGUUCAACCAGUUCUUCUUGCAGGUCAAUUCGACCUCUCUUCCCGAUUUCCUCAAGUCGGCCUUUUCCGAUGUUCUGGGGGCGAUCGGUGAGGAUGGCGAGGACAUUGCGCUGUAUACACCCAACCCGUUCUAUCACUGGUCCAACAAGACAUCUCCUGUCGCGAGCCAGAAGGAACUCGACAUCGUGGAUGGUGGUGAGGAUCUUCAGAACAUCCCUGUCCAUCCUCUUAUUCAGCCCGAGAGACAUGUGGAUGUCAUCUUCGCCGUCGACUCUUCGGCCGAUACCGACUACAGCUGGCCCAACGGUACUGCUCUUGUCGCUACCUACGAGCGCAGUCUUAACUCCAGCGGCAUUGCCAACGGUACUGCAUUCCCUGCAGUUCCCGGCCAGGAUACCUUCGUCAACAACGGACUCAACACGCGCCCGACCUUCUUCGGCUGCAACAGCACCAACGCUACCGGCACCGGUCCCGCUCCCCUGAUCGUGUAUCUCCCCAACUACCCCUACGUGUCGUACUCCAACAUGACGACCUUCGACCCUAGCUACGAGGAAGAGGAGCGUGACAAGACCAUCCUCAACGGAUACCACGUCGCGACCAUGGCCAACAGCACCCGGGACGGUAACUGGUCUACCUGUGUGGGUUGCGCGAUCCUCAGCCGAUCGCUCGAGCGCACCAACACCAAGGUGCCGGAUAUCUGCAAUGAGUGCUUUGAUCGGUACUGCUGGGACGGCAGCAUCAACGCUACCAAGCCUGCCGACUACGAACCUGCCGCCUUGCUGGGCGCCGGUACUGCUCUCAGUCCAGCCCUGUUCACUAGCAUGUUCGCGGCCGGUCUGACUCUCUUUGCUCUGCUCUAA